GCUGUUUACAAAUCGGACCUGGAAUGGCUGAAGGGUACAGGCUGGGUCCCCAUUGGUUCCAUGGAUGUUGAGAAGGUUAAGAGAGCUGGAGAAAUCCUGAGUGAAAAGCAGUACCGCCAGCCCCCAGACCAAAUCAAAUUUACCAGUGUGACCGAUUCCCUGGAGUUGGUUUUGGCAAAGCAAAAUGCUGAGACAAUGAACAAGCGUUUAUACACAGAAGCCUGGAAUGCUGACAAAACCACAAUUCAUGUCAUGCCAGACACUCCGGAGAUUUUGUUGGCAAAAGCCAAUUCAGCUAACGUUAGCCAGAAACUUUACACACAAGGUUGGGAAGAAUCCAAGAUGACGGAUUAUGAUAUAAGAGCUGAUUCAAUUCCAAUUCGAAGUGCAAAGGCAUCAAGAGAUAUUGCUAGUGAAGUAUGUGCUGCUUCUGCUAAUCUAUCAUUUUAA